AUGUGGAAACAAAAAAGUAAAAGAUUACUGUAUUUCGUAGAAGAAUAAGCACAUUUUUUGAUCGUUACUGUAGAAUGUAUAGGUUCUUUUCUAUUUUAACAUCGGAGACAUUCCUACGAUGUAAACCUUCACUUUUUCGUGUCAAAAAGACCUAACAAACUUUUCCACAAAUGUCCCACAAACCUCCCUUUCGCUAAACUAGUCGAAUUCUAAAUUUCCCGACGACCAAAUGUUUUCGUUUCAGGGCUUUGAAAUUGUUGGCAUUCUGCUUCAAAUAAAAAAUUAUCGAAUUUUAGCGAAAUUGAUGUCUAGGUUUGCCUCAAACCGGAAGAUCUGUACGUAUGAGGAUUUUACGGUGUUCGAGGAGGACUUCCGGUCAAUAUAUGCGGGUUGGUUGACCGACACAGCAGUAAAUUUUGGAGCCACGUACCUAAAAGACGAGAUUUUAGGGCCGAAAAAAGAAGAAGUAAGUCAUUUGUUCUUGUAAUUUUGCAUGUUUAGGUAUGUCUGGUUUACGCUUUUUUGUGUGAACUGAUCAAGCAUGCUGGACGUCGGAAUUCCGAGACUCAGAAGCUUCUAGAAUCAGUCGAGGCGGAUAAAAAUAAAUGGACAGCCUUCAUUCUCAAUGAUAACAUCGAUCCAACAGUCGUGUCUGGAGGUUGUCAUUGGACUCUAUUAGUUCAUGAUCCUAUCCAAAAUGUCCUAUGGCAAUUAGAUCCGAUGUCAGACACCCGGCCUCCUCAUUGUUGGCAAUUUUAUCAGAAGAUCAAGGGCUUUUUCGGCAAUGAGUAUCGGGUUUUAGACUGCCCAAAAAUGACGGUAAAUGGAAGUUGCGGGAUCUACAUAUUGGAAUAUCUUCAUAUUAUCUUUCAAGCAAGUUUUUUCUCAAUUUUAGCCGCUUUUGACUGCAUUGAAAACCUUAUAUUAUGUAUAAUAUAAGUUUUAUGCUUUAGUGUCUCAAAGAAGGUCUAACGGAUGUCAAGCAGAUGGAUUUCAGUAGGAUCAACGAUAAAUUUGCAGCGGAGCGAAGGGUAUACUACUGUAAAGUUCUAAAUUCACUGGCCGAGGAACAGCAACGACCUCAAAUCAGUUUUGUUUAG